UCUUUGACAGCCGCAUUUUAAGACGUGUAAAUAAAAAUAAAACUCAUUGUUGUGGCCACUAUUCCACUAUAGUGAAACGAGCGAAUUACCGAAAAUCACAAUUGUUUCAUCGAAAUUGGCAGAUAUUACUUCACAAAAUAGUUGGUGAAGCCAGUUCAAAACAUGUUAACUAUUUCGCAUAGGGUUGGUGCAGUAGUUUCACGACAAAUUUUGCGUUGUACUGCCGUCUAUGCUGGUGGAGAAAAACGAGGACUCAGUUCUGAGAAAAAGUUCAAUAUCAGAGAUGAGGUACUCGAUGGCAGACCCCUAUAUUUGGAUGCACAGGCGACCACUUCAUUGGAUCCCCGUGUACUAGACGCAAUGAUUCCCUAUUUGACGUCCUAUUAUGGCAAUCCACAUUCCCGUACCCAUGCCUACGGCUGGGAGUCGGAGGGUGCCAUGGAGAAAGCUCGUGCACAGGUGGCUAGCUUGAUUGGAGCCGACACAAAGGAAAUCAUUUUUACUUCCGGGGCUACCGAAUCUAACAACAUUUCUGUGAAAGGGGUGGCGAGAUUUUAUGGAUCUAAAAAGAAGCACAUCAUCACAACUCAAACGGAACACAAAUGCGUUCUGGACUCGUGUCGAGCCUUAGAGGGAGAAGGUUUUCGAGUGACCUACCUACCAGUGCAGCAGAAUGGGCUCAUCGAUCUGCAAGAUUUAGACAAGGCUAUAACUGAUGACACUUCCCUCGUAUCGAUAAUGACAGUGAACAAUGAGAUAGGAGUCAUGCAACCUAUCGCCGAGAUCGGAAGAUUAUGCAAAUCGAAAAAAGUGUUCUUUCACACUGAUGCUGCUCAAGCAAUCGGAAAGGUCCCGAUUGAUGUGAACAAAAUGAAUAUCGAUUUGAUGUCAAUUUCUGGCCACAAAGUAUAUGGUCCUAAAGGAGUCGGUGCACUAUAUCUGAGGCGCCGACCUCGAGUUCGUAUUGAACCCAUUCAAAGUGGUGGCGGCCAGGAACGAGGUAUUCGAAGUGGAACCGUCCCUACACCGUUGGCGGUAGGAAUUGGAGCUGCAUGUGAGAUCGCCAGUCGCGAAAUGGAAUACGACCACAAAUGGGUGGAGUUUCUGUCGCAACGGUUGAUGGACAGAAUCUUUUCUGCGCUGCCACAAGUGAUUCGCAACGGAGAUCCGGUGCACACGUAUCCGGGCUGUAUUAAUCUGUCUUUUGCCUACGUUGAGGGUGAAUCUCUACUGAUGGCGCUGAAGGACGUGGCUCUUUCGAGUGGAUCCGCGUGUACAUCAGCAUCUCUAGAACCGUCGUAUGUUUUACGAGCGAUUGGUGCCGACGAAGAUCUUGCGCACAGUUCGAUUCGUUUCGGAAUUGGACGGUUUACUACGAUCGAAGAAAUUGAUUAUACCGCGGAUAAGUGUAUAAAACAUGCGACCAGACUGCGCGAGAUGUCUCCGUUGUGGGAAAUGGUGCAGGAAGGUAUCGACAUUAAAACGAUUCAAUGGUCGCAGCAUUAAGGUCGGUGAUUGUUUGGUAAGAUUUAUGAAGCCAGAUUCGGUUAUGUUCGGUAUUUCCCAUAUUUUAAUACGCUAGCAGGCCGUAGUAAUGUUAUUCAUUUUUAGUUGUCCCGUUGCAAAAAUGUAUCAGCCUUUGUAACUAAACGUGGCAAUAAAGAAGUUGAAAUUAAGAUGUAGAAACGGCA